CAACAAAAUUUAUAUAAUUCCUAUAGUUGAAUUGUAAUUUAGUUUCCCUAUUGUCUCGUGAAAGUUUUUCUACUACGUGUGGUUGUAAACUGUAAAUAUUUGAAGAAAAAAAACUAGGUUACGUGACGACUGUUAGGGGUUACUAUGGAAACUUGAAAUAGCCCUUUAGCAAGAAUUAAGCUAAAUUUCUAUUCUAUUGAAUAAUAGAAAAUAAAAAUAAUAAUGGGAGAGAAUUUUGGAAGCGAGUUGACUUUGAAUGAAAAGGAAAAGGCUUUGGAGAGUAUUUUGCCGGAUAAAAAUGUCACGGAGGAGGAAUUCCAAAAUUUUAUGUACCGUGUGACUGAAGUCGAAAAAAUUGUAAAAAAACUAGCGUCGUCCAAUCUGAAAGAACAAGAUCAAGGAAUGGCGCUAGCGGACGAAAUUUUGGACGGCAAGAUCGAAAAACAAAUAACCGAAGAUGGAGAAAUCCGCAUAAAAGCGAAUCGAACUUUAGUAAAUCCUCGUUUGAAGGAGCCUGACGAUCCCGAAAAAAUGUCUCAAGAGGGCUUUAUGAAGAGCGUGGAAAGGGACGCAAAGCAUCGAGCAGAGGACAGGAAAGCAAGAUACGAACGAGCAGAUACUUAUAAACGAAUAGGAAACGGGGCUUUCAAACAAGGAGAUUAUGAGAAAGCUUUAACUUAUUUCACUAAAGCUAUAGAAUAUCGAAAGGACUCUUCAGUUUUAUGGAACAACAGGGCCUUGACUUAUAUGCAACUAAAAAAAUUCAAAAAAGCUCUGAAUGAUUGCGAGUGGGCUUUAAAAGUCAACGAAUCUAAUCUUAAGUCAUUGUUGAAUAGUGCGAAGUGUUACGAGAAGCUCAACAAUCAAGAAAAAAGGAAGCAAUUUAUUGAUCUGGCUAGAGAAAGAAAUCCAGAGUUUACUAAUUACAUAAACGAUUUCGAGAAAGAACUUACAAAAUCGAAAAACAUAGUGGAAUCAAAUGAGAAAUCAAAACCAGACGAUCAACAAGCUUUCAGCGACUGCUAAUUACUAGACAGUAUUAAGAACGAUUCAUUUAUUUACAAAUUAGAUAAAGAUAAUAAACUUUGUGGAUGUUUAACAAUACAUACAUACGAGCAACUUCC